AUGACGACUGCUUUCAAUUUUCCCGAUCUGGAUAUCUCUCCCGUUUGCUUCGAAAGUGGAGGCGAUAUUGAUGAACGAGAACACCGAACAGUUGAUGGAAGAAAUCCUUCAUUGAAUGACGACGCUCUUCAUGCAGUCUUAGGGGGUUUGUCCAUUUCUGACUAUGAUAGUGGCAGAAGUCUGUAUGACUUCACACAUGGUCGAAAUUUUGCAGGUUUUGAAGACGAAGAGCCCUCCAAAGAGGGCCAUCCAUUUCCACAUCGGAGUUCUCAACUAAAUGGGAAGUCUACGGGUGCAGAUCGUUGUUAUCCUACAGAAACUGGAGAUUCCUUUAAUACUUCAUCUGAAGAAGUCUUCGCCGCUAUGGAAUGUGAGAUGAGGCAAUGGCUAAGUUCUGUAGUCGAAUCCUGUGGUAUCACGGGCAACUUGCGUGACUCCUUCAGUAAUAUUCUCAGUGGCUGUCGAGUAACGGUAGAGAUGGGAUGCUGCAAAGAGUCCGCUAAAGACGUGCGAUCACGUCUUCGUCGUAUGGGAGCCGUUGUUUCACGGCGUUUAAUGGGCACGACGACUCAUGUAGUUUAUUCCUUUGGCGGGAAACCGGCUGUUUUGAAACGUAUAUUUGCUCAGACGAAGAGACCUUUCCUUGUAGAUCCACACUGGGUAUAUGAGUGA